ACUGGUGGUAAGGCAAAUGCCCAACCCGCCGUCUUAGAUACACACGUCUGCAACUCCCCCUGAAUCAGCCACAAUGCCAUCCGCCUUACAUUGGACUCUGCUUGCUCUUUGCUUUGUUUCUUUAAUUUUACAGAAGACGGAUGCUCAAUUCAGGGAAUGGUGCAUAGCUGAUGAGCAAACUCCAGAUGAUGAGUUGCAGAAGGCCCUUGAUUGGGCUUGUGGGAAGGGAGGUGCAGAUUGCAGUAAGAUACAAGUGAACCAACCUUGUUAUCUUCCAAACACUAUAAGGGACCAUGCCUCUUAUGCCUUCAACAACUACUAUCAGAAGUUCAAGAACAAAGGAGCAACUUGCUACUUCAAUUCUGCUGCCAUGAUCGCAGAUCUUGACCCAAGCCACCAUUCAUGCAAAUUUGAAUCUGUUCCCUAGGUGGAGGGCAAAGUCUUUGCAAUACACUUGUUUCUGUCGGAAAUUUACGCGUGAUCUCUUACAAUUUUCAGCAGAGACAUAACAUAAAAUACUAGUUUUUCUUUUACCUUUUA